UACUCUCUCUGACAAAUCAGAACAGCCUUGCAAGCGGCUCAAAUGGUCACACCUCUCAUAUUCGGAGUCGGCGUCGUUGCGGCUGGCUUGGCGGCACGACAAGGCUUGCGAUCGGCAGCAAGAAGUGGAACACAAUUAUCGCCUCUGCUGCAAAGGAUAGCAGGCACUCAUGGCGCUUCCGCUGUACAAGACGAGCUCGCCGGACCAUGGAUCAAGGGAGGAUUCCAGAUAAAGAUGGAUAGGAAGGAAGCCAUCAAUAUACUCGGCUUGAAGGAGUCACACUUGACCAGCAAGAAGUUGAAAGAGCAGCAUCGUAAGAUCAUGCUUGCCAAUCAUCCGGAUCGAGGCGGCAGUCCGUUCUUGGCGAGCAAGAUCAACGAAGCCAAAGAUCUGCUAGACAGACAGACAAGAUGAGCCUUGUCGACUGCUCGCAUCUGUGUGCAAAGCAUGUUGUAGUGAUUAUGUACCUUCG